UAUACUCUAUACAGUAUAUAAAAAACUAUAGCAUUUUAGUUAUCAUUAUUAGAUUGUGUGUAUAAAAAGUAUAAAAAAUAAUUAACAUUAUCAGUCAAUUAUGAAAUUUUUUAGCAUAAUUAUUGUUUUGAUAAAUAUCUGUUUUAUACAGCACACUAUUGGACGAGUAACACGGCCUACUGAAAUCGAUUGGAUUGAAGCCUUCGAUAGAUGUGAGUCCAAAGGUGACGGUUUGGGUACAGUUGUCAACGAUAUUGUCCGCUUCGAGUCGGGUCUGACCGACGAAAGUUGCGAAACAUAUUUGUUGGCCGCAAACACUACCCGACGGUAUACGAUGCGCAUCGACGACGACAAUCACUCGCCACUAAUCGUCAAGUAUUCAUAUUUUCCCGACGAAAUUGACGGUAAAACCAACAACAUGAAUCUUAUAGAUCACGGCACUGUCGAGUUGGGUCCCCAGGAUCUGAUCGAUGCCAAAGUAAUACUGAAACGAAAGUUUAAUUAUAAACAACGCGAAAAUCAAUGCAACACAAAGACUGGGCUAUCGGAGCUCCGGUAUUCAGAAGCCAGUCUAGAGCUGAUCCAUGAAACCAGACAUAUUGUAUGCAAAACGGCUAUCGACUCCAAUACCAAACUAUCCUAUAUGUCUGUCCAUUAUUAUCCGAGUCUUAACAGUGGAAAACUUAUUGAUAAUCUUUAAGAUAUAUACAAAAAAUUUAAUAGUUAUUUCAGUAGUCAUACAAUAGUAAAAACCCUUAUUAUGUGUUUUAAAAAAUAAAUAUCUA